AUGGCAGACACACCAGCCAUCAAAACUACAUUGGCGAGCAGCUCUGUCAAGUUACGGGUAGCUGCUUUACGCGAUCUCAAGACGAAGGUUGAUGAUAAGGAAGUACCCUCAAAAGACGUCCCAUCAAUCAUAAAUCUCCUUGUCAAAACCCACAGCUACUACGCGGAUAAGUCAUCCCGUGAUGCAGUCAGAAGCUGCCUGCUGUCCCUCUACAAAAAUGCCGACCUCUCAAAACUCUCACAAGAUCUUAUCAAAACCGUCAUAAAAGAUGAAAGCUUGAAGCGAGGAGUCGCAGCAUCUAGCCGCUAUGUCAUGCUCGAAUGGAGUGUUCAGUUGCUGCGACAAGUCGCUUUAGACAAGGACCAGUUUGUCAACUAUUCGGAUGCUCUUCUAGCGGCAGCUUCAAAUCUGGUGGACGAACUAGCGCAGCCAGAAGUACGCCCAGGCCUGAGGAAUGGCGGGAAAAGUUUAAUUCGAAUUGGAUUCCAGAAUCUAAUAGCUUCGCCCGAAGUCCCAGCGGAAGAAAAGCCGAACUAUGUCCAACAUAUCAUCAAGUACCUGACCGCGAAAGCACCAACUCCGAACCGACAAAAUGGUAUCCUCCUAGGAAUCCUGCUCGAUGUUCUUUCGAGAUCGCCUUCCCUGAGGAAAGUGGUAGGAGACGAACUGAAAUCCGAUGUAUAUAGCUUCUAUAUCAGAGAGUUCAUAAAUUCUCGGACCACAGUCCCUCCGUAUCAGGCCAGUUCUCUUGCCAUUUUCUUCAGAGAAUUUUGCACUCUUGAAGAUCUUGAGAGUCAGAUCAUUCCAGCCGUCGAUAAGAGUCUACUCCGUUCCCCAGAAGUUAUUUUAACUGGUGUUCUUGACCCUCUUAUCGAAUCUUUGAACAAAGACCUUGAUCUUGCCAAAAUACUCAAAGAGAAACUGCUCAAAAGAUUCUUGGAUUCAAUCAAAUCCACAAAUGCCGCUAUAAGAACAGGUGCUCUCUCUGGGUUCCAGGUUAUUUCAAAGCGUUGCCAUGAUGAGGCCCUAUUGGAAUCUAUCACGGAGGAGAUUCUUACCCCACUGGUUGGUGGGAAGACAACCGCAGCUGAUCACAAGGUCUCUCACGCUAAGAUGCUGGCUGCCCUCCCCAACAUAAAAGCACUUGCUGCAAAAGUUCCAAAGGACAUGGCGCAACUGAUAUCAAAAGAGAAGAAUGACCAGGCAAUCGAAGCUUUCUACGAAGUGAUGUUAGAGCAUUAUUUGGAUGGCCUCCUCAAUGGCCAUAUCAGCGCAGACAAUACAGUCGUCAAAAAGGUCCAGGAUGGCUUAUCCGAUAAGAAGCCCAAUAUCAAGAAGAGUACAUCUUUUAGAGUUGGAGACCUCCUGCUUCGAUCACAGCGGGACAAAGGGAAUGAUGAAGUCGCAAAAUUCGGCGCUUCUGUGGAGCCCCAGUUAGCUGAAAUCUACAACGAAGUUUUCACAAAUCCAUUACCAGCCGCUCAAAGUGGCCUUCUAGGAGGAGCCUACGUUUACCCCAGCCUAGUGUUCAACGAUAUUUUACCCGGUAAAGCAGUGAAUAAGUCAGAAAUCGUCAAGCAAAGUUUCGCUGUUCUACCGAAACUUUCCCUUCUACUCACCCCUCGAGUAUACACUAAGCUGGCCUCAGAGGAUGACUUCCAAUGGGCCUUGAAGGCUUUGAUGGGUCUAACCCCUCAUGUCUUCAGUGAAUCUACAUCGGCUGCAGCAUGGGCGCAGACAUUUAUUUAUUUUAUCUGUGGCGGGUCGCAGUCCCCCAAAUUCCGACGGGAUGCUGCGUCAGCUCUAUCACAAGCAUUUGCCCAAUAUCCUGAGGAAGUAGGCCCAACAAUAACUUCAGGGCUGUGCGAUUGGAUUAAGUCACUGGAAGAGCCGGAAAAGGACUCCCUCAGCGUCGGAACCAAGGGCACCAUCAACGACGUUUCCAGGGCACUCAGGGCCACUCUUGUUGAUGCUGUCGAUUCAGUCGAUAUCCCAAUGGAAGUCCGCGAACACCAAAUCAUUAACGCCCUCGUCUUAUCUCACCAUGGAUUGCUAUACCGAAGCAUUGAUUGGAUUUACGUUUGCCAACAGCUUUUGGUCGACCCCCGCGCUUUGGUCGAGAAAUAUACCGACAGGCUCCUAGAUGAAAUCAAGAAAUCUUUCGACUAUCCUCUAAAAACAAUUCACCUGGCUGCUGCAGAAGCCGCUGCAAAGCUUGCUUUUAUAAUACCCGAGCUUUUCACUCCUCGCCUCAUCUCCCUCUUCGCCUCAGAUCUCUCGCGGGAAACUGUAGCUGGGGUCACCGACCUCAGUUUAUCAAUCUGGCGAGCCCCAUCAGACGUUCCGUUUGUGGACGUGCUAGCAAGCAAGUCUGCUGCCCCUGCUGCUCGCAACAAAAACAGCGAUAUCGCAAAGUGGGAGGCGGAAGUUCGCAAGGACAUCGAAAAAAAGAGAGGUCCAGUCCAAAGGAAACUUACAGCAGAUGAGCAAGCAAAGGUCACAGCCCAACUUGCAAAAGAAGCGGAGAUCCGGGCCAACGUAAACGAGGCGCAUAAGAAGCUAACUCGUGGGAUUGCUAUUAUUUCAAGUCUCGCUCGUGGGGUCAACAAUGGCAGUGAAGAAUGGAUGGCACCUGCGACCCAAGCUUUGCUGGAGGUGUUAGGCUCCAGUGCUUGUGAUAUUGUCGGCAAGGGGGCAAAUGAAACGUAUCUGUACAACGCUAACCUAACCUCUUCACGACUGGGCGCCUUUAGAUUCUUCGUUGGGAUAACUACUCUUCGUGCCUAUGGAGCGACAGGGCUUACGGGUGAGAUGAUAAGUGAGGAAUUGGGAACACUUUGUACCCGAGUUCUCCACCGCAUACGAUUUUUGGGAGAACAGAGGCCGCUUGAUUCUAUCUCCCUAAAUUAUGUCCUUCCUUUGGUUCUCAAGGUAUUGGAAGAUGGGGGAGUGGACGCCAAAACACCAGAAAUUGUUGAAGAACAGCUUAUUCUGGCGUUAGAAAUCCUUUCUUUCCAUACCGGAACAUGCGUUGAUACUAAUAUUGCGAGGAAGAAGAUCUUCGAAACGUUGAUAGCUUGCAUUCGGAAAUACACACAACAUUACAAAAUGAUUAAAGAUUGCCUUAUGGAUCUGUGUCGAUGCAUUUCUGACAAUAUCACACCUGAAGAGAUCAAGGUUCUCGUUGCAGCUACAAUUCAACCUGAGGCAAAUCUAAGAACGGCGGUCCUACAAGCUAUCGAAGCUGAAAUCGAUUUAUCAGAAUUAGGAAGUUUGGAUUUGAUUUGGAUAGCAUCGCACGAUGAGGUUGAGGAAAACGCAGAGCUUGCCCGCACCACUUGGGAGGUCCAUGAAAUGACGGUGUCUGAAGACAGAGUCGCAGACCUUCUCCCAUAUCUCGACAGCCAAGAUCGUCAACUUCGAGGAGCUACCGCACGCGCUCUCGGAGAAGCAGUGAGGAUGCAUCCGGGUACUUUCACCAAUAUCUUGACCAUACUCAAAGAGAAAUAUGUGCAGAAAGCCAAGCCUGUUGGGCCUGUUUACGACGAAUUUGGUAUUAUGAAGAAAGCACUGCAACAAUCAGAUCCUUGGGAAGCACGGAGCGGGAUCGCCUUAGCAUAUAGGGAGCUAGCUCCUUAUUUUACAAAGGACCAAUUUAGGCCAUUUAUCGAGGCCGUCAUCAAGGAUGGUUGUUUGUCCGAUAAAGGUCCUGGGGUACGGCGUGAAAUGAUCGAUGCUGUUGCAACCGUUAUAGGUAUACAUGGCAAACCACAUGUUGAAGAACUUAUGGCAGUGUUUGAAAGCACCCUUGAAGAGCCAGACCGUGGGGCUCAAGCACAAGACGAGCGUAACGAGGCCAUUAUCAUUCUCUAUGGAGCCCUGGCAGAGCAUCUGGAGCCUGGUAACAAGAAAAUUCCGUCAAUAGUACAACGUCUCUUUACCACACUGUCAACACCAUCCGAAAACGUGCAAUAUGCUGUUGCAGAGUGUCUCCCACCACUUGUCCGUGCUUCCCGGGACAAAACCGGGGAAUACGUUGAGAAGAUGACAACCGUUUUGUUCGGUAAUGGAAAAUACCCAGUUCGCAGAGGGGCAGCCUAUGGUUUGGCUGGUAUCGUGAGGGGUUACGGUAUAUCUGCAUUGAAGGAUUUUUCGAUCCUAGCGGCACUCAGGAACGCCACCGAAAGCAAGAAAGACCAAAACGCUAGACAAGGCGCGCUUUUUGCAUACGAAUUGUUUUCGGUUUUCCUUGGGCCCGUAUUCGAACCGUACUUCAUACAAAUCCUUCCGGCCCUGCUUACAUGCUUUGGUGAUGCUGUGAGCGACGUCCGUGAAGCUUGUGCUGAAGCAGCAAAGGCUUGUUUCACAAAUCUGUCGUCCUACGGUGUUACCGUUAUCCUACCCACGCUACUCGAUGGUCUUGACGAGUCGGCUUGGAGAUCGAAGAAAGGUGCUUGUGAAAUGUUAGGUAACAUGGCAUACCUUGCACCCAGUCAACUUGCGAUCAACCUGCCGACUAUUAUUCCGCCAUUGACCAAUAUCUUGACUGACACUCAUAAGGAAGUCAGAUCUGCUGCAAAUCGAAGCUUACUCAAGUUCGGAGAUGUUAUUUCCAAUCCUGAGAUUAAGGAAUUGAUUGGCGUGCUCUUGAAGGCGCUGAGUGACCCAACAAAGUAUACAAACGACGCACUAGAUGCACUUUUGAAGGUGUCAUUUGUGCAUUAUCUUGACGCUCCUUCGCUUGCUUUAGUCGUCAGAAUCCUUGAACGUGGUCUGAGUGACCGAUCACAAACAAAGAAGAAGGCUUCUCAGAUCAUCGGCAGUUUGGCCCAUCUCACAGACAGAAAGGAUCUCAUGGUCCAUCUAUCGAUACUUACAAGUGGCCUCAAAGUCGCGGUUGUGGACCCGGUCCCACAGACACGUUCCACCGCUUCAAAAGCACUCGGUAUCCUUGUCGAAAAACUCGGAGAAGAUGCUAUGCCAGAACUUAUCCCCGGCCUCAUGUACACACUUAAGUCAGAAACUGGUGCUGGAGACCGACUCGGGUCCGCCCAGGCUCUAUCCGAGGUUCUUGCUGGUCUUGGUACUGAACGUCUCGAGGAAGUGUUACCAACGAUUCUCUCGAAUGCCGGAAGCAGCAAGCAACAUGUCAGAGAAGGCUUUAUGUCCAUGUUCAUUUUCUUGCCUGCAUGUUUUGGAAAUGCCUUCAGCAAUUAUCUUACCAAGAUUAUUCCACCAAUUCUUUCUGGACUUGCGGACGACGUUGACUCGAUUAGAGAAACCGCCCUCCGUGCCGGUCGACUUCUUGUCAAAAACUUUGCUACAAGGGCUGUGGACCUUCUUCUUCCAGAACUCGAAAGAGGCCUUGCAGACGACGCUUACAGAAUUCGUCUCAGCUCCGUCGAACUUGUUGGCGAUCUCCUCUUUAACCUUACAGGGGUUACAGGAACUAUCGAUGAAGUCCAUGUCGAAGCGAACAACGAAGUCAGCGCCGCUUUGCUUGAUGCCCUUGGUUCUGAAAAGAGAGACAGAGUACUUUCCGCCAUAUACAUUUGUCGAAGCGAUACCUCUGGCUUGGUCCGCAAUGCUGCAAUCAAUGUUUGGAAGGCACUCGUCCCAUCACCCCGUAUUCUGAAGGAAAUGAUCCCUACAUUGACCGGAUUUAUCAUUCGUCGUCUUGCCAAUCCAAACCCCGAACAAAAGGAAAUUGCUGGACAAGCGCUUAGUGAGCUUGUCAGGAAGGCUGGUGAAGGGGUUCUAACUUCUCUAUUGCCGACUAUGGAGGAGAGCUUGGUGACCACAACAGAUGCAGACGCCAAGCAGGGUAUUUGCAUUGCUCUCAAGGAGUUGAUCACAUCUACUCCUGAGGAGGCUCUGGAAGACCACGAAAAGACAUUGAUUUCUGUUCUCAGAAUAGGAUUGGUGGACAGUGAUUCCGAUGUCAGAGAUGCAGCAGCAGACGCUUUUGACAGCAUCCAGCGAGUAUUUGGCCGGAGAGCUGUCGAUCAAGUGCUUCCAUUCCUGCUUAAUCAGCUACGCGAUGAAGAUUCGGCGACCAGUGCUCUCGCUGGUCUCCUUACGCUGCUUCGUGACCAUGGCAGGGCCAACCAGAUACUACCUGUUCUCAUUCCAAACCUGCUUACCUCACCUAUGUCGGCAUUCAAUGCAUCCGCUUUGGCAAAUCUUGCGGAAGUUGCUUCGAGUGCCGUCAACAGACGACUACCUCAGAUCAUCAAUACUUUCAUGGAUAAUCUCGUCGAAAUCAACGACGAAGAAGUCAGACAAGAAUUGGCAGAGUCCUUUGACCAAGUUUUGUUGGCUGUUGACGAAUUCGACGGUCUCAAUACAAGCAUGAACGUCAUACUGGGACUACUGAAACAUGACGACGAGAAAAAGAGGGCCACUAUGGCUAGGCAUUUGGCUACCUUCUUCGAGCAGAGUGAAAUUGACUUCUCCCGCUAUACGCCAGACUGUAUCCGUGUCCUGUUACAACUCUUCGAUGAUAGAGAGAUUGACGUCGUCAAGGCUGCCUGGGAAGCGCUCAAUGCACUCGUCAAGAGUCUGCGCAAAGAGGAAAUGGAGAGUCUUGUCGCAUCUACCCGACAAGUUCUUCUGCAAGUCGGGAGCCCUGGCCAUGACCUCCCUGGGUUUACUAUUCCUAAAGGCAUUAAUGCCAUUCUUCCGAUAUUCUUGCAAGGUCUCAUGUAUGGCACACCGGAACAACGAACGCAAUCCGCUCUUGCUAUCGCAGAUAUCAUCGAUCGUACAAAUAGCGACUCGUUACGGCCUUUCGUUACACAGAUUACUGGGCCGCUCAUUCGUGUGGUAUCCGAGAAAUCCGUUGAGGUUAAGUCUGCGAUUCUUUUAACUCUUAAUUCCUUGCUGGAAAAGAUUCCGACAUUCCUCAAGCCAUUCUUGCCGCAAUUGCAGCGCACUUUCGCGAAGGCCCUUGCAGAUACUUCAAGUGAGGUAUUGAGAUCAAGAGCGGCAAAAGCCCUAGGCACAUUGAUCACCUUGACUCCAAGGAUCGAUCCCUUGAUUGCAGAACUCGUCAGCGGAUCUAAAACCCCUGACAUUGGUGUCCGUGUCGCUAUGCUGAAGGCAUUGUACGAAGUUGUCAGCAAAGCGGGUGCCAAUAUGGGAGACCAGUCUCGUACCUCUCUAAUAGCUCUUAUAGAAGAAGAAUUAGAGGAUAAUGAAGAUGCGUUGCUAAUUACUAAGGCCAGGCUAUUAGGCGCCAUGUCCAUGGCUGUCCCACUUGACCACAUGGGUAAGAUCAUUAAGACGCAGGCCUUGACGACACAUUUUACCAAAUACUCGGUGUUGGUUUUGAACUCGGUGUUAUUGGACGCCGGAAAUGCAAUCGAAGAGGGCGGACUGGUUGACGAUGCCGCAAAGGUUAUCUGUCGAGGAUUGGCGGACCGUGACCCCUACAUCUCAGACAACAGCGCCGUCGCGGCUGGCAAGCUCCUUUUGUCGGAUAAUAUCCAUAAGUCCUUCGAGACCUCCAAGACUCUAUUUGAAACCAUAGCCGAUGCCGUCAAGGGUCCCAAUAGCAACUCAACUGACACCAAACGUCUUUCGCUCAUCGUUUUACGAACUAUCAGUCGACUUCAUUAUGAGACGGUUAAACCUCAUCUUCCAUUGUUGGCACCGGUCGUAUUCGGCAACGUUCGGGAUUCCGUCAUUCCAGUAAAGUUGAGCGCAGAACAGGCUUUCCUAGCGAUCUUUAGAACAGUCGACGAGGGAGAUGCAAUUUUCGAGAAAUAUAUUGCCACUAUCGAGGGUCCCCAGAAACGUCUCACACAAGACUGGUACAAGCGGGUGGCAUCAAAACUCGCUGCCGCAGAACGAGAAAGGAACGAAGCAGGUGGUAGCUCACUAGGAUUAAAUAGUGACGAGGAGGAUGAUUAUAAAGAGAUUAUGAGCGUUGGGAAAGUUGAUUUCGAAGGAUGGGUUAGUGCUGACUAG